AUGACUUCCCUAGGAGAAAAAGGCCCAACGGACGUCGAAGCCGGUGUUCAAAUCACGGAUAGCCAACAAGAUGCAAUGGAGUCUCGAUUGCCGGAUCAAGAGGUCACCUGGGAUGGCCCCGACGAUCCAGAGAAUCCCUACAACUGGGCCCUGUCUCGAAAGAUCUCUGUGGCCCUCGUCUGCUCGACUAGUCAACUCGUCACAACAAUGUCAGCCAGUAUGAUUGCGCCGGCCAUGAAUCAAAUCCUAAAAGAUCUUCACAUGAGCACGUCUGCUGGUCAAAUUGCCUUUGGUGUUUUCUUCCUCGGGUUGGGUUUCACGCCCUUCCUAGUCGCGCCCCUCGCCGAAAUGUACGGGCGGAAACCGAUAUGGCUGAUUGGAAACCUUUGGUAUAUUAUUUGGAAUUCUCUUUGUCCCGUCGGCUUCUCUGCGGCUUUGAUGAUCAUAGGGAGAUUUAUGUGCGCAGCCGGAGCGUGCGUUGGAGUUACCUUAACCGGGCCAGUCCUUGCUGACAUGUUUCCUGCCAAAGAUCGUGGCAAAUCUUUGGCACUCGCCGGACUGCUUCCCUACCUUGGACCUGCACUUGGCCCGAUCAUCGGUGGUUUGGCUGCCGAGCGUCUGUGGUGGCCAUGGCUGUUCUGGAUCCUCUCUGCCUUUGAUGCUCUCGCUCUUGUGCUGGGCUUCUUCAUUAUACGAGAAUCCUACGCACCAGUACUUCUGCGACGCAAAGCCGAAGCCAUUGCAGAGCAAACUGCUCCAGAUGGGGUACCGAAGAAGUCCGUGGCUGCUCGCUUUAGCAUUUUUUAUCAAGAUUUAUCGGCUCGCAUAGGUCCGGCUAUGAAGCGCCCAAUUCGUCUCCUAACUCACCGGCCAAUCAUCCAACUUAUCGCUCUCGCAAUGGCUGUAGAUUUUGGGGUUUAUACCCUUGUAUUGUCGACGUUCGCUUCGCUCUGGAUCGAUCAAUACCAUCAGAAUGAGACCGAUGCCAGUUUACACUACAUCGCCAUUGCCCUUGGUGCAUUUGCUUGCGCCCAAGCAGGUGGCCGUUUAAUGGACUUUAUGUGGCACAGAAUGAAAUCGGCGAGACCAGAUCGCGAGCCCACGCCCGAAUGGCGGGUUCCAUAUGUCAUUAUAGGGCUAAUACCAUGCGUCGCAGGAACGUUUUGGUAUGCGUGGUCAGCAGAAGAGCGCGUGCACUGGGCUGUUGUUGAUGUAGGUGUUUUCUUCUUCACAGCAGGCAACUUUAUGUUCUCACAAGGUUUGUUGGCCUACAACGUUGACGAGUUCACGAGCACGAGGGCUGCUAGUGCCAGUGCAGCCACUCGUCUGGGGACAUAUGUACUAGGUUUUGUGUUUCCUAUCUUUGCGCCAGAAUUGUACAAGAAUCUAGGUUAUGGCUGGGGAAACAGUCUUCUGGGCUUUUUGUACGGCGUCAUGGGCAUCGGGAUUAUUGCAGUUUUAUGGAUUUGGGGCGCGAAGAUUAGGGCCAUUGGGAGGACAGCAGAGGAGGAGAAAGAAAAGAUGAUAUAA